AUGCAGGAAAAAGACAGGAAGCCGAGCGGCUCGUCUCCACCCAAGGACAAGGAGAAGUCCUCUGAGGAGCCGCCGGACGCCGAGGAUCCGGAGCGAGAGAAGAGUUUGUUUCUGACUCAGAUCAGUUUUCUGGACGAACAGCUGGAGAAGUUCCAGCUUCAGUGUGAUGACCUGAAGGAGCAGAAGAAAGACAUCGUCCUGAAGUCCGGCGCUCUGCAGAAGGACACCAGCGACAUCCUGGAGUACCUGCAGCACUACCUGUCUGUGCUGGAGAGGGACGAGGAGGAGCUGAAGGCGAAGGUGGAGAAACAGCUGCAGGGCGACAGACAGAAAACCGAAUCCUUGGAGCUGCUGCUCAGUACAGAGAGAAAGGAGCUGCAGGACAAGUUGGACCAGCUGAGCUCAGACAGAGACAACCAGGCUGCCAGGAUAGAGGAGCAGCGGCUGCAGCUGGCCGAACAGGAGCGGAAGAUCAACAUGAAGAAAACUCUGGAUAAGGAGCUGAUCGUCCUGGAGCGGCACCACGCCACCGAGAUCAACAAGAUGUACAUGGAGAAGAGGGAGAUCAUCGACGAGAUGAAGCAGAACGUGAUGAACAGCAUCAGGCAGAGGGUGAAAGCCCUGAUCCAGGAGGAAACCGUGGAGCACCAGAAGCUGCGCACCAAGGUGGAGUCUCUGUCGCUCCAGAGUUUGGUGCUGCUGUGGAGGAAAAGGGCCGAACACAACAGAGUGAAGCGUCUUUGUCGAACAUCCAUAAAGAUCCGAGUCAUGAUCCACAGGAUGACCCUGAAAAUCAACAUCCUCAGGAAGGAAUCAGUGAAGCUCAGGAGGAGAUGCAAACUGCUGACGCGUCACAUCAACGAGCUGCAGAGAUCCAGGGAGAACCUGCUGGGCUACCAGCAGGCCUACAGGUCCUGCCUGGCCUCGGGUUCGGAGGAAUGCCGUCAGAAAGCGUCGGCCGUUGCGUCGCUGCUGGAGCGGCUGCAGAAGGAGAGAAGCAUAAGGAAGAACCUGGAGGGAGACCUGAAGAGAGCCGUGUCCGUCCUCACGGCCAUCGCCAUGGAUGCUGAGAAAAUCCCCAGAUCUCAGCCGCGGCUGCAGAACCUGCUGCAGCUGAUGGCCAGCAGGGAGCCGCAGGACGCCGGACCGCCGGAACCUGCCAGCAGAGACGAGGAGGAGGAGGAGGAAGAGGCGCUCUUCGUCAUGGCCAAACUCAGACCAGGAGACCUCUACCUGGUUCCUGGACCAACAUGGACGCCCAGAACCGCUCCGACCCAACCCAGCCUGACGCCGAGAAACAGAGUGAAGCUUCCUCCCAUCCAGAAGAGUCUGUGGCAGACGGCGCUGGGUGAAUGGAUGGGAUGAUCUGUUCACUUCACUUCUAAUAAAGCUGCUGCUGCUCAACUGGAGCUUUUCUUCUAUCAAAGUUUAAUAAAAACCAGUAAUUUAAAGAGACUAAAUGUUCAGGCUGAUUUCCGCCAGCAGGGGGAGACACUUGGUUAAAGUCUCCUGAAGCUGUUUGUUUCUGAACCAGAUGAAGCUGCAGGUUCCUGUAAAGUUCAGGUUCUCUGUUCCCUCAGACUGGAGGAGGAAA